UCCAGCAAGUACAACGGCAUGGCGCCUCAUGCGAAGCUUGUCUUCACGGACAUUGGCGUUGGAAAGAACACUUAUGUCACGCCACCCAUGGAUCUUUCGGAUUAUUACUGAUGAAUACCCACAGGGAGGCAUACAGUCUGGGUGCAAGAAUUCAUAGUGAUUCUUGGACAACUGUGGAUCGUUCCUAUAACCUUAUGUCACGAAGUGUGGAUGCAUUCACCUACAACAAUCCUGCUUUCCUACCUGUUUUUGCUGCGGGCAAUGCUGGCUCGUCUUAUUCCUCUGUAGGAACUAUUACUUCUCCAGCAAUGUCAAAAAACAGUUUAACUGUAGGCGCGAGUAUGGGCCCAGGGCAUUCCAUACGUCAUGAAAACCUUGCUCUUUUACGUUUUUACGUUUUGAACGGGACCAGUGACUUGCGGGUCGGGGUGCUAGAGAACUCUUUCGGAGUAAUGUUUCAGGAUAAUUGGGGUCCAUUUCCGCUACUACGAGCAAUACCGGGAGAGGCAUGUAUCUCACCUCCCAACGCAGCAGGAAUGGUGGUGCUGGCAAGUCGAGAAGGCUGUGACUGCAUUGAUAAGCUUGUUGCCAUACAAGACGCCGGUAGUGUGGCAGCCGUGUUUUUCAACAACGAAAACACAGGCUACUUUCCGUUGUCGUUAAGAUCGUCACUGGAGAGUAUAACCAUUCCAAGCGGUUCAAUUCCCAGAGUUUUCGGGGAUUAUCUAGACUCGAUGCUCACGCACGGUGACUCAGUAUUUGUGGAAGUGGUCGGCCACGUUCCCUUUAAUGGAGAACGCAUUGAUUCCAUGACAAGUUUUUCUUCGUGGGGUCCAACGCUGGACGGACGUCAAAAACCAGAAACUGUUGCGCCAGGUGACAAGAUUGUCUCUGCCAAGAGCAACAUGGACUCGAAAGAAGCCACAUGCAGGACCUUAGUUUUAUCAGGAACUUCGAUGGCGACACCAAUUACAGCAGGAGGAGCAGCACUCAUCCGUCAAUAUUUUAUGGAUGGAUUCUACCCCACAGGAUCUAAGGUACUCGCACAUUCUCGGCAACCUUCGGGAGCCUUGGUGAAAGCCAUUCUUAUUAAUGGAGCUGUGCCUCUGCGAGGACUAAAUGGUAAUGGAGUGAUCAUAGAUCCUCCACUCUCCUUCAAUCAAGGCUAUGGAAGAAUUGAUCUUCUUCACUCGUUGUUUCUCCCUGGUCACAACAAACUAAACGUUACAGCGGAGGAAGGCAACCCGUUAAAAACUGGAUUUGGACAACGUUAUUGCUUCUCAUGCUUUCCUGGCUCCGAGGACUUGAAAUUCACGCUGGCAUGGUACGAUCCGCCUGCCUUGCCGGCUGCAAGUGUCAUCCUUGUCAAUGAUUUGGACUUGUUCGUGAUUGAUCCAAGUAAUACCAAGCGGUAUGGAAACGGUGGUCCACGUCCUGACAGAAUGAACAAUGUUGAACAGGUGUCUGUUUCGGAUCCAGAAUCUGGACUUUAUGUUGCAGUGAUUUAUGGUUAUUAUGUACCAGAAGAAGGUCCAGACGGAUUCGGACAACGUUUUGCAUUUGUUGCAAGCGCCGCGUCUUUGAGUGCAACACCAUGCUUAGUUAUCAAUCCAGUUGAAGUUCCUCCGUUAUUCGGGAAUAUCGCCAAUGUUCGCAUCACCGUGGAAGGAACUUCUGGUCCGUACAUAAAGUGGUUUUGUAGGCUUGAUGCAUCCAUUGAAACUCCCAAGGCCCAUGACUGGGAAAUAUGUGGGAAUGACUACUUCACUGAAGGCCUUCCAGAUGCAUUUUAUACUUUUUCUGUUCAAGCAAGGGAUGAAAGCUUCUUGAACACUGCUUACUCUGAGAUUUCUUUCGCUAGUUUUACUAUUGAUACCAUACCGCCUCGCACAAUUUUGCUAUCGUCGUCAGCAUCCGUCUUCUGCGAGACCCCAGUGUUUGAGUUCUCAUCUGAUUCAGCUGACACGGAUCACUUCGAGUGCCAGUUCACGUCUGGAAUCCUCUCGAGUCAUGGAUGGACGCUUUGUGGGUCUCCGGUCAAAGUCGAGGCACGGUCAGACGGACGGUACACCUUUCAUGUCAGAGCAGUUGACAAAGCAGGCAACCAAGAUCCACAACCAGUAUUUGUCCACUGGCUACUUCACAGGGAACGUCCAAGAGCAAAGAUAGUUACGAUACUACCCAAGGACUUGACCAACGUUUCAACUUGUCGUGUUUACUUCGAGCUUGACGUGCCAAAUCUCCCAGGUAUACAGGAACCAAGAUGGUCAUGCCGUUUAAACCUGUCAGAUAUUGAAGGGGCCGCCGUUUACGGGUGGAGGUCGUGCUCGUCUCCGUUGGAACUGAGUAAUCUGCCCGACGGGAUCUAUAUAGUCAGCGUACGAGCAGCGGAAAAUGAAAGCGGAGGUGCUCUGAGCAGCGUUCCAGCCACUUGCACGGUCAUCAUCGAUAGCUUGCCUCCUGAAGUGCUGUUCUUCGCAGUACCGCCGCUGUUUUCGUCGUCCAGAGAUGUCAGCUAUGCGUUUGCGUCGUCGGAGGUGUCAACAACGACUUGCUGCAUGACGAAGCUAAACACCGGGGAAGAAGAACGCUGGCAACAGUGCACAAGCCCGGCAAGGUUUCGGAAUCUGGAGGACGGUGCCUAUCAGUUCAGCGUGACGGCAACAGAUUUAGCUGGAAACACCGGACUCGUCAUCAAGCACAGGUUUCUCGUGGAUACGACGCCUCCGUCGGUUGUCUCAUUUGUGCUCUCUCGGCCAGAUCUGGAGGUAGUAACUGCGGAGUUUUCGGUGGAUGAUGGGCCUCUUGGAUCUACAUCUGGUGUUGCUACAUCCUACUGUCGCCUCGACUCUCAAGUGCAGGGUGGCACUUGGAUGCCGUGCUCGAGUCCAUGGAGAGUGGAGAAAUCUUAUUUAGCACCUGGAGUGGAGCAUACGUUCAUGGUUAAAGCCGAGGACAGAGCUUCCAACAUAGCAUUGGAUCACGCAGAGCAAAAGCUGGUUCUAACGUCAAACUCGAGCGCAGUUCAUGGACUGGUGUGCCCCGAGGCUUACACGCGCCUUCAGAUAGCUACAUUGGCCUUCAACAGCUCGUUAUCUUGGACCGAGUGUGAAGUUGAUGAGCAAGUACCCGUGGCUUGUGGAAGCCCCUACUGCGUCGGACCUCUGGUGGAUGGAGCACACACUUUCAAAGUCAGGUACCUAUCUUCGUUUUCUUUGUGGAGUGGCUGCAAGUGGUACAUAGAUACGGGCACGCCGGAAACUUUGAUUCGUAGUAGCGUUGUCAACACCUUGAGUCCCAGUUUUGAACUCUCUGGAUACGAUGGCGGGGGUAUCGAAAGAUAUGAAUGUAUGCUGCAGUCACUGGAUCCACAGGGCCAGAGACAUUCGUGGAGAAAGUGUAGCAGGCAGCUGGUAACAUACAGUUUAUGUCCGGCCUCGCUUUACAUCUUUCACGCGCGCUCGAUUGAUGCCGCCGGAAAUGUGGAUCCGAAUCCUCCACAAGCUAUUUUCUUGAUUAGCUACUCUUUUUUCUAUCAUUCCGCUUUUUCCUCAGAUGUCUCUACGAACUCGAGCUAUCGCAUUUGUAGAACUCCAGGAACAUGUAAGUUUCCAUUGUCGCAAAGUGGAACCAUAGUUUCGACAUAUGACGGCGCGACGAUCAUAGCAUUUCCUAAGAGCCUUCGCGAAAGUCACUAUGAACUAAGUUCUAGUCCUUACGCAUCAGCUGCUCUUAGCGGAAAUGCUUUGGACAUGGGAAUUGUAGCCAGGCUCUGCGUCCCAGUUUCCAACGUUUCAUCCCUGGCUUCAACAUCAUACGACGAGCAGCCUUUUGCAAUUUUCCUCAUGCUGAGAAAGACGAACGAGAGCAGUCCCACAGUGCCAUUGGCAAUCUCGACAGGAAACGCAACAGCAAAUUAUACGAAUGAGCUCCAACUUAUUUACACCAGAGAAUCGCCCAUUCUCGUGACAACAAUGUGGGAACUUGUGGCUGCGCAGCUAGAUCAAGAGGGGACUUACGUGACUACGCUUGUGACCCGGCCUGGAUCUUACAUGCUCGCCAGAAUCUAUGAAGGCCCGACUCUUGCAUUUAUCAAAGCAUCGCAACCACGCAUGAUCGUGUCUUCCACUACGCUAAUUUUUAUGUGCUUGUGUAUUUUUGUUUGAAAGUAUAUUCAAAUUUAAAAGUA